CACGCCCCCAUGGCUCGCGGCCGUACCGUUGCGGCCGGGGGGCGGGGUUUUCGCUUCCUCCCUGGCGGGGCCGGGGCGAGUCGUGCAGCCCCGCCCGCGGGGUGUCCCCGGUCGCCCGGCUGCCCCCCGCCGCCCUCAGCAUGCACGGCGCGCUCGCCGUCCCCGAGGAGGUCUGCAGCCUCCUGGCAGAUGUUGACACAUUUAUUUCCCAAACACUAAAAGGAGAAAAUCUAUCCAAGAAAGCAAAGGAAAAAAGGGAAGUUCUUCUUAAGAAGAUAAAAGAUGUUAAAGCAAGUUAUCCUCAAGAAUUCCAGGAUAAAGAAUUGGAAGAUGAGGAAGAGUCUGAGGGCUCUUUUCCUUCGCCUCCUGAUAGUGUCUCAAUAGCAUCUGACCGAUAUGAUAAAGAGGAUGAAGCACCCUCUGAUGGCAAUCAGUUUCCUCCUAUUGCAGCUCAAGAUCUUCAGUUUGUUUUAAAGGCUGGAUACCUGGAAAAACGCAGGAAAGACCACAGUUUUCUCGGCUUUGAAUGGCAAAAGCGUUGGUGUGCUAUCAGUAAGACGGUCUUCUAUUAUUAUGGAAGUGAAAAAGACAAACAACAGAAAGGUGAAUUUGCCUUAGAGGGCUACACCAUCAGAAUGAAUAAUAGCCUUCGGAAGGAUGCAAAGAAAGAUUGCUGUUUUGAAAUCUCUGCUCCUGAUAAGCGCAUUUAUCAGUUCACAGCUGCCACUCCCAAAGAAGCAGAGGAAUGGGUACAGCAAGUCAAAUUUGUAAUUCAAGAUAUGGAAUCUAAUACUAUUCCUGAGGAGGAGGAGGAAGAGGAAUAUGACGAUGUUGGACAAGUGAGCAGUGAACCAAUAGAUGAUAGCAUUUAUGAAGAAGUUAAAGAAGAAUGUGCUCCUUCAAAGCCUGAAGUGCCAAGAAAACCAAGCCAGGAGAAAGUUACCGCUGCUUCAGAUGGCAAGAAUACUGAUUAUGCCAAUUUCUAUCAAGGUUUGUGGGACUGCACAGGAGAUGUACCCGAUGAGUUGACAUUUAAACGUGGUGACGUUAUCUACAUUCUCAGCAAGGAGUACAAUAGAUUUGGCUGGUGGGUAGGAGAAAUGAAGGGAACCAUUGGCUUGGUGCCUAAAGCCUACAUAAUGGAGAUGUAUGAUAUUUGAGAGGCCUGGGAGAAAUCUGCACUUGAAAUCAAGAGUGGCGUGCAGCUGCAGUUUACAGACCUGGCCUCUGAAAGAAGAUGAUGGUUCUGCCGUACACGUUUUGUGGUUUCAGUGAAUGUAGUCAGAUCGUUGCCUUGUGUAUAUUAGACAUUAAAACCUGUAAUUGAUCGUAAUUCUGCGGAAAUGUUCUUCUUAGCCAGUUUAUAUAGAAUUGUAAUGCUAGGAAAUGAAAUAGAUGGUAAUGAACAUAUGGAGCACAAGCAGCCAAAUAGUGCCUGUUGCUCUUUUCUUAAGCGUAUUAGCUGCCCUCUGUAUAGCUAUAGGUUUGUGUUCUUUCAGGGAAUUUGGCUAUGUUUUCCUGUUCCUCAGAUUUAGGAAAAUAAAGCUGAACUUCAACAGUAGAAAACUGUUACUUAGUUCAUGCAUGCAUUAGCCUUUUAAUGCUUGCUGUACAUUUUGUGCAGUUUCCUGGGAAAAUCAAGGGAAAUUGAUAUGUAAUAUUGCAAUCUUCAGUAUUGCAAUCUUCAGGGUAUUCUGCUUCCAAAUGUAUUUGGUUUACGUUUUAGCUAAUGAAUUAUUUUUCUCAUAUAUUCAGUAUUGUAUUGUUAAUUAAUGUUACCACAAAAUGAAGGCUUGAUUCUUUUGCUAAUGUAAUAAAUCUGCCUGUGUGGUAAUACUGCCUUGAUACCGUUCUGACUUGGUAAAUUAUGAAUUAUGUGAAAAUUUGUAAAAAUAUAAUACAUUAAACACCCCCACCCCCCCCCCAAAUUUGCUAAGUCAACAUGAGCUAAAUGGCAGGUAAGAAUGAUCUUUUCUGGUGGUAGUGUGAAAUAUUUUAUCUGUACCUUACAGAUAAUUUGACAGAGUCAAGUCUGGAUACCUUGUCAAUAUGUGGAAUUUCUGAUACAAGUUGUGCCACAGACUUCAGCUCUAUGUGGGUUAAUAACGGCUACCUGCAGUCUUAGUCUCAAAUCCAGAACUUUGUGGCUAAAAGCAUCAGUUGAAACAUAAAAAAAGUACACUAAAAUACUCUCACUUGUGGACGAGGGGUUGGGCAAGUCAGAGUUAAUACUUUAAAUCCUCUUGUUUUGGAGAUGUGCUUUACUAUUAGCAUGCGAGAUCAACUUAUUUUUUUUAAUCCUCCCACACACUUGAUUUGUGAGACCCUUAAUCUGCCAAAGAGGCAGGUCAAGCCAGUCUGCAAAUUGCUGAGCCUCUGCAGGUCCCCUUGUAGUUGCUUGUGCUGUUUAUGCUUCAGGCGGGCCCUGGAAGCACUGUGGGUUAAAAGGUAACGUGAGUCUGAACUCGGAAUUACAUCCUUUCAGUAAACAAAGAUGUUGUGCUUUAUAUUAACUAACUUAUGCUACUCGACGGUGCACUGGAUUCUAAUGGGAGUCAAACAGGGUACAGAGUUUUGCUGUAAUUUUUUAAAAAAGAGAUAGUCAUUGAAAUGGAUUCUGUAUGUUAUCAGUGAAGCAUUAAAAUGAUAGAUUAUAGUCUUCAGAUCUUUUACUACUUUAAUUUAUCAAGUGUACUUGUGGAUUGUGUACAGAAUGUGAAGCGUUAAUAUCACGCCUAGAAAAGCUCCCUUCUUUCUUGUUAACAUGGCAGCGUAAUAAAUCUGCCCACCGAAAUGGCUUUUUAUUAAUUAUGGAAUUCAGAAUUCCACCACCACCUACUUUUGGGGGAGUAAUUCCCCCCCCACCCCCCACCCCCCCCCCGGGUUGAGCGUGAAACUUGAUUUCGGACAGGACCAGCGCUGGGACACUGGUGCCGAGCCGGGACCGGCUGUGGGGGACCCGGCGCUGCCGGUGCCCGGAGGAAGGGAAGGGGCGGCGGGCGGAGGCGGCGGCUGCUCCGCGCAACGUUGCGCGCCCUGCGCUGCCCUACCCUGCGCUGCGCUGCGCGCCCGCGGCGGUAGGUGGCAGCAAAUUUUCACAGCACGGGAGGAGGCCGAGCCCGUCCCCUUCCCCCUUCCCCCUUCCCCGCGCCGCUUCUGCCGUUUUUCCAGGAGAGGGAGUCCUUACCCAACCGAUGAGCAGCUGGCCUGCCCAGCGCUUUCUCUCCUGGGUGGUGGCAACCAGAGAAAUAAAGUGGCUUUUGUCUGUAGCUCUGCUUUAGGGCUUCCCCCCCACCCUCCCCACGCGUCUCAGUACGGUAAACAAACUGCCUUUAAAUUUAAACCGUGAAAGAUGUCCUGAAACUCACUCGAAGUGUCUUGGAAUAAACCGGCGAUGGACUACGGAUGGAUUGUUUACUUUAAAUCUGUGCAAAUACCAUAACCUUUUUUGGAUAAGAACAUCUUUGUUAAUACUACUUAAACAAAAACUCAUUGGUAGAAAAUGCUAAUUGCUUGAUUUUCUUUGUUUACUUACGUUGCACUUGCCUUUCCGUGAACAGUAAGCUAAUUUUUUAGAAGGUGAUUGUAAGUCAUAUUUUGUACAGCAUUUUACUCGAUUAUUUGCUCUGUUCUGGAUUUGUACUAUACUGCCAUUAGAUCUUACAAUAAUGUUCUACUCUGCAAAUUUUUAAGGUUCAAAUAAAGUUUAAUUGUUUGCAAA